GACUUUCUGUCCCCCAACGGCUGCCGUAGACAGCAGCUCGACCCGCCUCCUGCUCAAAUGUGAGGAUGUGAAGAUUAGGAAGGAGGCGAAAACAACCUGCGACCCUUCAAAUUCACGUAAACUUUUGGUGAAGUGAUGGCGGGCCGCCGCGGCUGUUCGUGCUGAGUUCACGGUCACUAGCUGACAGCAGGAACAUGGCUUUGCUGCGUUUAAAGUCGGCGCUGUUGUGGUUACUGAUUGUUGCGGCACUUGACGUUAUUGAAGCAGGAGAGCGACCGAGGCGUCAGGUGUCGCUGACCGAAGGUGACGGCACGGUGAAUUUCAGGUCCCGGCAACCUGCAGCCGGGCCGGAGCCCGGUGACUCGGCGGAGGCGUUCAAAGUACCAACACUGGAUGGGGAGUUUUCCUUCCAGCCCGACGCUUUGAGGGGACCUCUGGUGAUCCACGCCUUCACCAACAAGUCCGGGUUUCUAGAGUGCCUUUGGAGCUCGGAGUCUUCCCUAAAAAGCCUCGUGGAGGAUCUUCCGAACAGCACACAGGUGCUCUUCCUGUCUCUGGACGACUCUGCGGUCAAUGAUGCGCUCUGGAUGAGGGAGCAAGUUCUGCGGGCCGCCGCCCAGAGUAAAAAGGAGGUUCUGUCCAGGCUGCACUUCUCGCCGAUACCCGUCUUUGCUCUGGGUAACUGGAUCGCCAGAGUGCUUUACUACUGGAGCUGCAUGGGACGCAACUGUGGUCUUUCCCAGGCUGCUUUUACCUCAGAGGAGUGGAAGAUUCCUGUGAUCAUUAAAAGAUUAGAUGCCAGAUAUGACUGGCUCAUGACACGCUGGGACCCAAAGUCCUAUACGGUGAUUGAUGCAGGAGACGGGUGUGAGACCUCCCCCUCGGUGGCGGGUGCAGUGGCCUGGGUGUCUGAAGGCAACUGUUCUUUCUUCACGAAGGUUCAGAGCAUGGCCAAAUCCAAUGCCUCCGGUGUCCUUGUCUACGCCCUCCCUGGUAAUCCACUCCAGGAUAUGAACUGUGUCGGGGAUGAGUGUUCCUCGCUGCUCAGCAUCCCGGCUGCCAUGGUGCAUCUGGAGCCUUUGGUUGCUCAGACGCUCCGGUUUGGAAAGCUGGUGAACGUGUCCUUCCAGAACACCCCGUCCCCUAAUUUCUUCAUCGGUAUAGACAAACAGGGGUCGCUGGCUGAGAUGGGCUGGUUCCUCUACCCCACGUUCAGCUUCGUCAACUGGCAGGCCCAGUGGUUUGAUUUCUUUGCUGAUCUGCAGACUAAACUUCAGAAUCCUGCAAAAGUUGUUUCUGUCUUUGACAAAGUCCAAAUGCAGGGUGAGAAAGGAGCGGUGGCCACAGUCAAUCUGCCUUUAGACCUGCUGGACGUCGACACGCUGGAGCUCGAUGCGUCGCUGUCGUGUCCCGGCAGGAGAGACUCGUCGUGCGCUCAGUGGGAUCACACGGUGCAGCUGUUUGUUUGCUGCGAUGGCAGGAGUCCGUACUGCAACAUGGAGCUGGGCCGAUGGAUCACCGCCUUCCGCAGAGGUGUCGGGCGCUGGCUGACGGAUGUGUCCCCGCUGAUCCCACUGCUGGACGGGAAUAAAUGCACCUUCACUAUGAAGACCGUGCCUUGGGCGAUGCCUUGGAUUGUUUCCCUCAACCUGAGGUUCAGUGGCACCAAUCAGACAGAUCAUUUUGUGGAGAGGCUUCAUCCAUUUAGAGUGAUGCCACUGUACAGUGGGGGAACCUUUGACAAAAACUACAACAAGAGGUACCAGCCAAUCAAAUUCCCCAUCCCGGCAUCGACCAAAAAGGUGGAGCUGUAUGCUGUCAUCACAGGACACGGCAGUGACGAGAACGGCUGCGGAGAAUUUUGUGUCACCUCCCAUCAUUUCCUGAUCAACACUGCUUAUAACAACACACACACGUUUGAUUCUGCAGGGACGGCUCUGGGCUGCACGCUGCGUGUCAAAGAGGGCGCCGUACCCAACGAGCACGGCACGUGGCUGUACGGCCGAGGAGGCUGGUGUGACGGACUGCAGGUGAAUCCCUGGAGGGUUGAUGUCACCAAACAGCUGGACAUGAGCGGGUCCGAAUCCAACACCGUCGUCUACUUCGGCUUGUUCGAGGGGCGGGAUCCAAAUCCAGCCCAGCAGCCGGGAUACAUCAUCAUGACUUCUUUCCUCGUCUUCUAUAAGUGAUCCCGCUCUUUUAAACUCUGCCUUUUGAAUUCUGGUUUGAAUGAAUGUAUAAUCAUUUCAAUGAAUAAAUAUUUUUAUUUUCCCACUG